AGUCAUAUUUUCCUCGUUGAGACUUGAGAGUCAGCCAGCAAAUACUGAAUUAUUCUUCCUUCUUUCAGUCUAGAGUUUCUCGUCAGAUCGGUGUUAACCUAUUUGAUUCGUGGAGUUUCUUCUGAUCGAUGGCUUCGAAAAGGAUCCUGAAGGAGCUCAAGGAUCUCCAGAAAGAUCCUCCUACCUCUUGCAGCGCUGGACCUGUUGGUGAGGACAUGUUUCACUGGCAAGCAACCAUAAUGGGUCCCCCAGAUAGCCCAUAUACUGGGGGAGUGUUUUUGGUUACUAUUCAUUUCCCCCCUGAUUAUCCAUUCAAACCUCCAAAGGUUGCUUUUAAGACGAAAGUUUUUCAUCCAAAUAUUAACAGCAAUGGUAGCAUCUGCCUUGAUAUCUUGAAGGAGCAGUGGAGCCCUGCUUUGACCAUCUCAAAGGUGCUGCUUUCAAUCUGUUCGCUUUUGACGGAUCCAAACCCGGACGACCCCUUGGUCCCUGAGAUUGCCCACAUGUACAAGACAGACAGAAGCAAGUAUGAAGGGACUGCCAGGAGCUGGACCCAGAAGUAUGCAAUGGGUUAAAAACUCAACCUCAAACUCAACCAUUGCUGCUGCAUCAUCGGUUUUUAUGUAAAGAUUUAAAUUUGUCGGUCCUAUCUACCAUUACAAUGGACAAGUGUAGAAUAGUGCUAAAAUUUGGUCUGCAAAUGAAAGAUUGUGGUUGGAAUUGUCGAUAUGGACACAGAUAUUUUGAUGAAAACUAAACUGCAAGUUUUUGAUUUACUAUCCAUGAGUAGUUUGAAUUUGA